AUGGAAAUUUCAUUGGGCCUGAAGUCUUGGGCAUCUCUGCAGUUGGAAAGACCGGGUUCCCUCUUCCCGGACGAAGAUCAACGUGAGACUAAGAAAGUUCGUAAUAAGGAGAAAGUUGAUCGUAUGGAGGAAGAUCGUGCGGUUAUGGAGGCUCAGUCGAAUACAGACACCAUUGAUACGGCUGCCAACAACGAUGGUCUGUAUCCGGUGAAUCAAUUUGUAGACCAAGUUCACGAUAGAAUUGAUUAUUGCAUGCGGCGUUCAGUGAUAGUCUGGCUUCUCGAACGUGCCAUUGGCUAUAAAACCUUGUUGAAUCGUAUUGGAGUUCUAUGGCAACUGCAAGGACAAUAUCAAUUUAUUGAUUUAGAGAAUGACUAUUUUCUAGUAGAGUUCGAGAGCGAACAAGAUUAUAUUCAUGUUUUGAUGGAAGAGCCGUGGAUAAUAUUCGGGAGCUAUCUUACGGUUCAACCAUGGAGUUGUACAUUCUCCACAGUUGUGAAAAUUGACUAUAGCACAAACUCAGGGGAGAGAGGUCGAUUUACUCGCUUGGCAGUAUUGAUGAAUUUAAAUAAGCCAUUAAUCCCAUGCCUUAAGAUUGAUGGCUUCUGGAAAAAAAUCGAGUAUGAAGGUUUACAACAAAUUUGCUUUCAAUGUGGAGUGUAUGGGCAUUCGAAGGAAAAUUAUGGGUCUGUUAAAGGGAAUACAAGACAAGAAGGUUUAGUAAAUGAGCCUAGCGCGGUGCUAGACAAAUCGUUAAGCAGCGAAGAAACUGGUUUUGGACCAUGGAUGAUAGCUGAAACACGUAAAAGAAGAUCGAAGAAAAUAGCUGACCAGAACCCUGAAGGAGGUAGAGAUAAAACUCGAGGAUCUCGCUUUACUAUGUUAAAUAAGAUAAAUAAUGGGCAUGAAGAAAACACUGCAGCAAUUUCGGAGGUACCAGAUGAAGAUAAUAAUAUGAGAAAUGGUGAGGUUUACGCUCCUCGGAUGGAGUAUCAGGCGAAAGGCAAAGAUGUAAUGGAUAGUGUUCCAAAGGAGGAAGGCGCAACCUCUCAAGUCACGCAAAAUCAACAAGUUAUAGCUGGUGGGAGUCAUUCAGCGAUUACCAUCUCAAAUGAUAGUAGGAAUAAUAUCAUUAAAAGGAGUAAUUAUAGUAAGGGUAUUCAAAGAGAUGUGGGGGACGAUAACAAAGGACUCAAAGGGAAGAAGAACAAAGAUUUUAUCUUCUCCCCGGCAGUGUUAGAGGAUUGGCUGAAGAUUGCAAAGUACAAUACAAAACAUGACAAGGUUACGCUGCAUAAAGAGGGCUCAUCAAUUCCACGUGGUAACGAAAAGGAGGAAACAUUCCCGCCUAUAGUGGAGUCGGUGAUUAUAGUACCUGAAGAAGACAUUCCUCUCGAAAGGGAUAAUGGCACUGGAAGCCCUAACUUUAGACGGUAUUUACAGGAACACUGUCAGAAGAGUCGACUUGAACUGGUGACAUUGUUUGAAACUCGAAUUAGUGGUGUUACUACUGAUAAAGUCAUCCGGACGUUGGGAUUUCAGAAUUCAUUUAGAGUUGAAGAACAUGGGUUUAGUGGUGGUAUUUGGAUUCUUUGUAAAGACGGGUUAAACGUGGAGAUUUCAACAAUCUCAAACCAGUUUAUUCAUGGUUCUCUAACACGUGGAAAGUUUGUGGUUAUAAAAAUCGAGAACUCAAUGGGUUCUUCAUGGUGA